AUGAAGUCACAAAAACAAUUUCAUGAUUGGAUUAUUAAAGAACCACUUGGUAGUGGAACAUAUGGGAAUGUAUUUCGUUGUUUGAAUAUAAAAACAAAUAAGAGUGCUGCAAUAAAAAUCAUUAAUGAAGAAAGUAGUGCAUUAAAUGAAACUACUAUUAUUAAAAAUCUACAAGGAAAUGAAGGUAUUAUUCAAUUUUUUGAAUGUGGAUAUGAAUUACAUGGAUAUUGUUUAGUAUUUGAAUUACACAUAAUAAAUCUUAAUCAACUUCGAUUAAAUCAACCAACAUCAAGAUUCUCUUCACAAACAUCUUUUAGAUUAUUAUUUAAAAUGAUAAAAAUUGGUUGA